UGAGGGAGAUGGAGCUGGUGGGAGCCUUUAAAACCCCACAAGAAGAAGGCUGGUGGAGGACACUCAGACCUUGGGUAUUUGUCUUAGAGGAACGGCUAAUAGCAGAAGGCAAUGGCACCUGUCUGGGGUUACGGUCCUGACAACGGGCCAAAUACUUGGCACACAUCCUUUCCAAUUGCUCUAGGAGAGCAGCAGUCCCCUAUUGAUAUCAAUACAAGUGAUGCCAAGUAUGAUCCAUCUCUGAAACCUCUCAGCAUAAGCUACGACCCUUCGACUGCAAAGUCCAUCGUGAAUAACGGACAUGCCUUCAAUGUGGAGUUUGAUGAUUCUGAAGACAAAUCAGUUCUUCGAGGAGGAGCUCUGGAAGGAACGUACAGACUGAAGCAGUUCCACUUUCACUGGGGAUCCUGCGACGGACAUGGCUCGGAGCACACUGUUGAUGGAACCAAAUAUGAAGCAGAGCUGCACUUGGUUCACUGGAACACAAAAUACUCCAGCUUUGGAGAAGCCGUGACAAAGUGCGAUGGGCUGGCAGUAGUCGGCGUGUUCCUCCAGGUAGGGGAUGCUAAACCAGCGUUGCAGAAGGUGGUGGAUGCCUUAGCAUUAAUUCCGUAUAAGGGAAAGUCGGCUCCGUUCACUGAUUUUGAUCCUUCAGGCCUACUUCCAUCAUCUCUGGACUUCUGGACCUAUCAGGGGUCUCUGACCACCCCACCUUUGCUACAGUGUGUCACCUGGAACGUCCUGAAAGAGCCAAUUAGUGUGAGCCAGGAUCAGAUCUCAAAGCUCAGAGGCCUUUAUUUCAAUGACGAAAAUGACGACCCAUGCCACAUGGUGGACAACUAUCGCCCGCCCCAACCUCUGAAAGGCAGAGUGGUUAGAGCAUCAUUUCAUUAGGAUCAGAAUGUAGCAACUCGGAUACGUUGUAGUUGAAUUUGGAUGGAACACAUUUUUUUCUGCAAACUGGAAGAAUUCUUCUUAGAUGACGUUCUUAAUAAUUAUCUCUUAAAGUUUUGUAUUCUGAUUAAUGAAGUCUGAAUACAGAAAUUAAUCAGUGGUUAGGUGGGAUCUAGCUUAGAAAAUAUGACAUUUAUAUAUAUUCUACAAAUCAAAUGCUGCAUCAACAGGAAAUAAGCCUUUACUACAAUACUUUAUAGAUUUUAGUAAAACUAUCUUUCAAAAAAACUUGAAUUAAGUACAUAUGUUGAUAUGUAUUAAAUGUGAAUUCACUUAUUUUAAAAUUCUUGUAUCAGUGGGAAAUAAUUUUAACAGACGUGUAAAUAUUUUAAGGGAAUAUAUAUAUAAAUAGAAAGUCUUAAUAUGGGUGCUUCUUUUCAGCAGUCUUAAGUUCAUUGCAUGGAAGAGAUAUACAAGAGAUUAUAAAUGUAUUUUGGAUACCUAAAUAAAAAUCAGCAGCUACCA